GCCCCUCCCACUGUCCACGAGUGUCGAGAUCAAAAUGUCGAAGGCGCUGUUGAAGAAAAGCCUGGCCUUCGUGCGAUCUGGAAACUCUAAUGACGGAGAACCCAAUCAUUCCAAAGGGAAGGACAACUCUGAAAGGAAGAGCUUGAAAAAGAAAGUAAAGACAAGGGUGCAAACUCCGCCUGCACGUCUCAGUACUACCACUAUGGGCCAGCCUGAACGUGAUGAGGCUGUGGCUAAGAAGAAUAACAUGCUGUAUUUCACUAAACGGAGAGUGAUGAAGACCAAAGUUAUCAAGAGAGUGGCAGAGAGUGGUGUCACGGACAAGAGACCGACAUGUCUCUCACCGGAGCAGAUGGCUCUAGAGAAAAGGAGAAUACUUCUCCAAAGCAGAAAGAAACGAGCAACUAAAAAGAGACUACAGGAGAAAAACCCGUUUAGUAUUUUCAGUAUCCCUCACCUUACAUCAUAAAAGCACAUAAUCACAAUGUUACACACAGAUGGCAACCAUUAUUUCAGGAAUGUCUCUAAUGAGGUGGUACGGGAGGAUACGACAGACGGAAGAGGUGUGUGAAUGCGAAUUGCUGACGCAAGGAGUUUCGUGGCAUCGGCUACAGCCUUGGAACAGUUCACCAGCUUCUGCCACUGCUCACUUUCUCUCUCGGCUGAGAACCCAGAGCCUUUGCUCUCUUCCAGAAUCCCUCGCCCUGUAUUGAGGAGCUGUAUGCUGGCACCCACGACCGCCAUGGCUCCAGCUAGCACCUCCGUCUGUGCGUGAUAGCUCUCUUCUGUUAGCCGAGCCGGCGUUCCCAAGAACUGGGCGAAAUGCGCGUACUCUACCACGCUGUUGGCCAUCUCGAGGAGUGGUCGCCCGAACAGGACGCAUUUCUUGCGAUCCUCGGUCGAGUUUGAGCCUGCAAAGGCCUUGAGGCUGGUGAGGAAGGCGGCAGUUACUCCCUGGAGCCCCUGCGCACAGUGGGAGAACUGUACGCGGUCCGAGAUUCUGAUUCGUUUGUUCUCCGCUGCCAGUUUGCAGCUCCGCGUGAGGGUCGAGAGGUUGUCGGCGAACACUCCCGACACUUGCAUCACCUGUUUUCGCGACAGAGACCCGUAAUCCAGUCUGAACUUGGCGUAGGCGAGCCUCAACUCUUGCCUGGCUCGAGUUAGUCUGUAGCGGUCGACGA